AUGAGUGACAACCUUAAUGAUCCAUGUUCUGAUGAAGAGAUUGUCGAUAAUGAAUAUUUGAGAGAUACAAACAUUGUCUCGAGUGAUUCAGCAUCGACUUUUGAAUAUGUCGAACAAAAUUUAUCUCCUGAAAAGUCAUGGGAAAGUAAUCGAAUUACAAAUGAUGAACUAGAACGAGAUAAUUGCUCUCCUGUUUCCCAAAAUGUAUUGACAACAAGACCAAUUGCAUGUUCUUCCACCAAAGACGAGAAGCAGAGGCUAAACGAAGAAAUUGUGAUGGAGUCUGUGUCGGCUUCUUCGGAAACCAGUUCUUGGGAGGCUGUUCCAAUGUCGGUGAAGCAUCGCGAUAGCACGAAUGAAGAUAUGAAAGAGAAUACUCAAAUGUUUAUAAGGAAUGAAAGAUGUUUUGGAGUGAGCAAUGGCAAUAAUAGUAUGACACCUGUUCGAUCAACUUUAUCAUCAACAAAGCCUUGCUUUAUUGACGCGUCAUCUCUUCUUGAUGAUGAAGAUUUCGUCUACACACCUCCACCAUCAGUUUGUCAUAAGAUUCACGACACUGUCAAUCUCAUGCAACUGCAGAAGAGUUUUGUUGAUGAAGAUAACGAUGAUGGAAUGGCUUGUGGAUUUGUAGAAGAUAAUUCAGUGAAAAGCUAUGAUAUCAAAGACCAAUAUUCAGCUCUUGAUAAAUCAACCCGACCAAAUGAAGCGAAUAAAGUUCGUAAUGACAAAACAAUCACAUCGUCAAUUGGUGACAGCGAGAAACAUUUAGGAAGUUUAAUCUUUCAACAUUCAAUUCCACAAUUUUCUGGACAUUUUAUUAAACAUAAUGACGAUAAUUACACCAGCGAUAUGUCGAUUCAAAGUGCUUACUCAUCAAAUGGUGGUGAAGCAGAGUUUAAUAAAGAAAUUAAUGAUUUUGGGCAUGGAUCGUCGCAUUACAAUAGUUUAUGCGAGAACACGAGCGACUAUAAUUCUGGUUACUCCCGUAUUCAGUCUGAUACAGAUUCAAUAGUUCUUCCUGACACUCCAUUUAAUUCCAUUGUACAAGUGUCGAGAGAGUUGAGGAUUUUUGAAGUCGGUGAUGAUGUUGAUCAUGAAACAGAAUUAGAAAGUCAAGCGACCAAAUCAGUUCCUAUGAAAAUUCCUAAAAGAUCACAAAAAUAUGAUGAAUGUGCUCCAGUCUUGUCUGGUGGAGCAUCAGCGAAAGAUUUCACUCCGAAACAAUGUGAAAGUCCAAUUCUGAAACGAAAAUCUGAGACUUGUCCAAUCGUUUCUGGUGGAUCUGUUGACAUCAUUGACGACAAAGAAAAGAUUAAAAAAGUUUCAUCUUCAUCUGUUUCGAAAUCAUGGAUUGUUGACUUUAAUGAUUUAAAAAUUCAUGAAAGCAAAGAACAACCAAAAAGCUUAGAUUGUUCACUUAAUAACAACCUUGGAUUUUAUGUUGAUUUUAAAAGUUUAAAUUCGCAUGACGAAACGAAAUCGAAAACGAAUGAAGAAGUCAAAAAGCCUGUUCGUAAGAUUGAAGAACGAAAGAAAUCGACAGGAUUUUAUGUUGAUUUAUCUGAUAAUUCACGACCAGAAACACCAAAGCAUGUUGCAAGCACUUCAAACACUCAACAAGAGUCUAUUAUAACCAGCAGUGAUAAGAAAAAUAUGUUCAGCAUGUUUAUUGACAUGAAAAAUGAUAAGGAAAGCAGUAAAACAAUUGACGAUAAGAAGAAACAGCAAGAAUUAGUGGAAAGAGAAGAUCAAGAACGUAUUGUUAAUGCUCCAGUUGAAAAAGAGAAGGAAAAGGAAAAGAAAGGCUGUUAUUUGUUUAUAGAAAGUGAUUCACCUGUUAUUAAGCGACGAUCAACGAUUUUGAAAAAUGAUACGAAACGUCAUUCUUGGAAUGUCAAUCCACAAGAACCAACAGAGGCUCAAAGAUCUGCAAGAAAUUACCAAAGAUCAACAAGUGUUACCAAUGAUAGUGGAAUUAUGAAUAUUUUAGAGAAAAUUCCGAUUCUUUCUAAAACAUCAAGCAUGUCAAUGGACAGUUCCGUGUCACCUUAUGAAGAUUUUUCAUGUUCAAAGUCUUUUAGUUCCUAUUCUAAUAAUCAAUCUGUGACAACAUCAAACUCAAGUAUUGAUCAUAGUGGAACGGGAACAAGAAUUCCAUUGAAUGAUAACGGAAAACUUUCUCAAUCCGAAAAGAAACGACGAAAGGAUGCAAAACUUAACGAAACUUUCGAUAAAAGUAGUCAAGGAUCAGUAACCGAAGGAAUUUUAUCGAACGAUACAUCGCAGGCAUCUUCAUCAGAUACUGAUGACGUAACCUUUCAAAAUAAUGAACAAGAACAAGCAAAUAAAAGUUUGAUGGAAUUGAAAGAAUCAGCAAACAUUGAUUUUAAAGUGAUGAUGAUGGAGACGAUUCCUGAAACAAGUGAAAAUUCUCCUGCAAAGAAAGUGGCAAUUGUUGACAACAAUAACAAAAAGAAAACUGAAGAGUUAAAGAUUGAAACACACACAAUGGAGUCACUUCAAGCACUAAUUGAGAAACAGAAACAAAUUCUCGAAACUGACACUGAGCCGUCACAGUCUUCAGUGUCGUUUGUUAAGUUGUCUGAUCUGGAUAAACCUCCGUCAACAUUUCAGAAUUUCGAAAACAAUUCAAUGUCGAAUUCGACUGGUGCGAGGGUGUCAAGAUUGUUCCAUGAUAAUAACAUUCAAACAGGUCAUAGAAGUUUAACACUACAAACAGAAACAACAAAAACAAACUCUUGGAACAUGUCACGUUCAACAGGAAAUAACUUUGCUAAUCUCGCAUCAUCAUUUGAGAAUUCAAGAAGUUUAAGUCGCUUGUUUCCGCAUCUUUCAAAAGUCAUCAGUAGCAGUGUUCCUAGUAAUGUCGGUUUAAGUUCCGAUGCUUCAAGUUUAUACGAUCAUCUUGAAUUUGUUUCAUCAGAUUUUUCAUGUACAUCGAGUGUCACGUCAAGCAAGUCAGGAAUGGAUUCCGCAGAUGAGUCAAGUAUUUCUUAUCGACAACCGAAACGUCUUGGGGAGGAUCUUUUAAAAAUGUUUCUUCAAGAAAUUGCAACUGAUGUGACUCUUGAAGUUGCUAAUCGAAAGAUGAGAGCACACAAAUGCAUUCUACGUUCACGUUGUCAAUAUUUUGCAGCAAUUCUUGCUGGAAAUUGGAUAGCUCAUGCAGGCAAUGUUAUUCCACUUCCUGGUUACUCUUAUUCUGCUGUUCAUUUCGCUCUUUGUCAUAUUUAUUCGGGAGCAUCACAUCCGCCUGAGGGCAUCUCAUUAAUGGAGCUUGCUUCAUUAUCUGAUCUUCUUGGACUUGAGGGACUUAAAGAAGUUACUGCUUAUGCUUUGAAGAUUAAUUAUUGUCAUAAUUUUCACAAGCCUUGUUCUGGAUGUAUUGAUGGAAUUCUUCAAGUGCUUCCAGUCACUCUUAAUCAUGGACUCGACGAUCUUUACAGAAAAUGUCUCAAAUGGGUGUGUAAACAUUUCAACAAAGUUUGGCUUACAAAACCUUUUUCACUUCUUCCAACUGACGUUUAUCAACGUUGUCGUCAACAAAUUUCCGCUCAUUUAACAUCUGAGAAUGUUUUAACAUGGAUUUUGGAAUGUGAGGAUUUGUUAAAAAAUCUCGAAUUAUGUCGAUGGAACAUCAUAAAUGUUGAUAAUUUAAUUCAUGACAUUUUGGAUUCAGCUCAUAUCUAUGUGAUGGAUCAUUUUGCGUCACUUAUUGCUUCGGAUAGUUUUUUGUCGUUGGGCCAUGGUGAGAAUUACACGAUAACAAGAUUAGAGAAUUUAUUGUUGAGAACAGCAACUGGUUUAACACCAGAUCAAGCAUGUCGAAGUUAUCCUCGAGCUGUUCGUUUGAAUCAACUUUUAACAGCGAAAGUCAUUCUACCAAAUCCACUUUCAAAUGAAAGUCUUCAGAUUAUGGAUCGUGUGAAUAGCAUUCAAUUAAGAAAAGAAGAUCAAGAUGCGAAUUGGAAUGAAGAUUUCAUUCGAUUGGUGAGUGCAUUAUUGUCAGCUGUUGAGCAAUGUUUGAUUCGUCAAUGCUCGAAAGCGAUGCGAUGUUCAAGUUGGCAACGAAUGGAUAACGAUUUGAGAUUGAAAAUCCAAAAGCUUGCAUGCCUUACUGAUAAUGAUGAUUUGAGAAAACUUCGAUCGAGUGCAAGUAGCAUGGGAAGUGUCAGAAAUUAUUCUGCUUCAUCUUCGGUGAGUUCACGAACGAACGAUUUACGUCAAGUGAAGUUGGCGAUUCAAGCACAUACAAAAAAGAUACAAAGACCACCAGUUGAGUCAUCAAACAUUCCUGUCAUCAAAAAGACGUCAAAUCAUCCAAUUUAUAAGUCGAUUCAAACGAACGCUCAUCCUGUCACGAAGUCAUCGACAAAAGUUAAUGUUCCAGAAAGGUUGAAGUUGACACACAAAAGAUCCCAAUCGGAAGAUGUUGGAAGCAGCAUCAACAGUUCGAAAGGAAAAUUAAUUGUAAUUAAGUCACGAUAUUUGGAAGCUAGAAAGCCAAAAACGCCGAUCAUGGACACAAGAAGUAAAAAUAAUCGUCUUCAAGUUAGAAACAUUUCGUCGAGUGAAAGUUCAACAAGAGAAUCUUCACCGGCUUUCAAUCGACGUCAAAAUAUUGGCGUUAGAAAAGCUUCAAAUUUAUCUCUUGACAGCUUACAAUCGCCGUCAAAACAGAGAUUGGAUUUAUCAAAUAAAAUGAAAAGUGACAAUUUGGAAUUGUCAAUUGAUUCGCUUGUUAAUUCAAUGAGAAGUUCACUUAAAACUGACAAAACACUUUCAAGUGAAUCGCUUAUUAAACGAGGACGAAAUCUUACUGACGAAACAAAACUUUUAAAGGUCGAUAGUCGAGAAAAAAUAUCUGACAAUAAUAAAUCUUCUCAAUCGAGUGGCAAUCAAGCGCAAAGGAGUUUUCUGUCUCAAAAAUCGCGUGAAAUUUUAGCAAGACGCAGUGAAGAUCGAAAACUUUCAACAAAUUCAAAUUCCAGCAUGACAACUAAAUCGACCACUUCAUCACCUAAAAUGAACGAAAUAAACAAAUCAAAAUCUGCAGCUUCGAUUAACAAGAAGAAAGUUUUCAGCACAACGCUUCAUCUAAGAAAAACUGCAUCGUUAAGUGAACAUCCGAAUAGUAAGAAAACAUCAUCAGCCAUCACUAAAACUGCCCCAAAUAGUAAAAUUAUGAGCAACCCAAAGACCAUCAAAGCUAACACAACGAAAAAAUCCAAUUCAGCGACAAAAGUGACAACAUCGGAAAAGAAAAAUGACAAGAAAUCGAAUAUUCCUCUCGCACCAUCAAUGAAGCAGGAAAAUCGCGGAAAAGACGAAGAGGAAGAAGAAAUUCUCAUGAAAAUGGCUCGUUCAAAUACUUUUAGUAAAGAAACAUCAGAUAAUCCUUUGGAACUGCUGAAAAUUAUCACUUGAACUAUUGACAGUAUUUACAUUAAUUAUUUAAUCAGAUAUUUGUAAGAUAUUUAUGUAGAUUUUCUAUAAUUUCAUUAAUGCUUCUUUGAUAAUGUUUGUCGAAUAUUUUCUUUAUAUUUCUUUUCUAUCUUUGAUUUGAUAUCAAAGCUUUAUAGUCUCUCUUUCGUUUUCUAGAGCUUGAAUACUUAACUAUAAUUAUAAUUACAUGUUUGUCUAAUCAACAAUCGACAAUUAAGAGAUAAUAAUGCAAUUGAUGGCACAGUUUAUAAAUUUUAUUAAAUAUUUAAAUUAUGAUUCAACAAAUCUAGUCACGUGCAAUUCAUGUUUGAUAAUAACUAUUUUUAAACACUUAAUUAUGUAUUAAUUCCAAGAAUUUUAUAUCAAUUAUUUUUCACAUUUUUCUCUUUUUUUAUCAAUUCGAUAUUUAAAAUGUAAGCAAAUGAUUUUCUUUCUUUUUAUUUUUUAUUAAUUAUAUUUAUUUGAUGAUACUUAUUACAUGAAACAAAAGCAGAAUUAUUUUAUUAAUUAAUAUUUAAGUGACUCUCAUCUAUAAUAUAGAAAUUUUUGUGAUUGUAUUUUAUUCAGAUAUGAAGAUUCUCAUAAUUUUAUUAAAAAAUAAAAUAAAAAUGGAAUAUUUAAAAG